UGCACAUAAAAAGCAAGUGUUGAUUUAUUAAAAAUAAUUAUAAUUUCGUAAAAAAAAUAUAGUGAUUUUCAUGACCAUGCAAUUGAAGGUUGGUACUAAUUGACGUUUGUUGAAAAAAAAUGCAAAAAAGUUGCUUGUUAGUGAAAAUUGAGCGCAAAUUUUGCAAUGUUUGUGAUAUUUCCAUAAUAUAGUUUUGUCCGUGUCGAAUUGUAUGAUGCCAGGUGUGUAUUGAGGUUAUAAAAUUCCCUUAGUGGUGGGAAUCGUCGUCAAAGUGGCAACGUCCUCGGGGUCGUUUCUCGUUAUCGAAUCCUCCGAAUCGACGCAUGCGCUUGUCUUGUUUACAAGGAGAAGCCGCUCCGCAUUGCGUCUGCGACAUACGUCGCGGAAUGGUGCCCCCGUUUCCUCGCCUUCACCGAGAGAGACAGUGUUAGUGCGAAGUUCCGUGUCCAGACAGUGCCGCUUCAGACGUCUACAACACAUGACCGACCUCGUCAAGAUGGACGCGAGUCAGUGUUAGUGUCGGAGUGGUGUAAUAAAAUGUGCGUUGAUGAUGUCGGGCAGUGAGGGUGGAGGAGGAGUGGUCCUCAGUGGCUACCUCAAAAAACUCAAAACCUCCCGAAAGAAGUUCUUCGUGCUGCGAGCCGAGACGGCGGACGCGUCCGCCAGACUGGAGUACUACGACACGGCGAAGAAGUUCAACAGUGGAUUGCCCCCAAAACGGAGCAUCCCGUUGAAGAAUUGCUUCAACAUCAACAAAAGACUGGAUACCAAACACAAACACGUCAUUGCGUUGUACACGAAGGACGACUGCUUCUGCGUCGUCUUGGACAACGACGACGACUUGGACAGCUGGUUGAAGGCGCUUUUGAAGCUCCAACACGGAGAGGAAGUCGUCGAUGGGGAGACACCCAAACCCACGUUCGAACACGUGUGGCAAGUGACUGUACUUAAUCGAGGCCUCGGAAAUGCCGGUCUAACCGGAAAUUACCGCCUCUGUCUUACCGACAAGACUUUAAGUCUGAUCAAAAGAGACUGCGAAAAACCAACAAUCGAACUGAAUCUUUCGAAUAUUCGAAGUUGCGGAAAUCUCCGUGAUUUUUUCUUCUUGGAGAUUGGUAGAUCGAGUACUUUGGGUGCUGGUGAAUUAUGGAUGCAAACGGAAGACAACAACAUUGCCCAAAAUGUGCAUUCGACUGUUUUCCAUGCCAUGACUACCAACAGCAGCAACAAGGAUGAAUUUGGUCCUAAAAGCCGUAAUCGUUCCUCAUCUGCAACUGAAUCCUCCAAACCAAACAUGACGCGCAAAAUUCAUACCAACAUCGCACCCAAAUGUCAUAUAUUGCUACCAGAUGUGUUCCACACUAGUGACACACAGGUCAAUCCCGCGGGCAGCUCCACGCAGCACCCUCUCGUGAGCGGUGUUGCCAGUUUUUAUCAACAUCUAAUCCAGAGAGGAACAAAAGCAUCAGAACGUCGACAUUCAAUAUCAGCAGGUAGUCUAACCCAUUGUGGCGUCAUCAGCCAUCAGCGCACUCAAUCACUGCCCUUAGCGAAUCCUGCACCUCUUUCCGAUCACUCGCACUCACGAAAACGCCCCAAAUGUAUGAGUCGGGAACGGUGCGAUUCAAUGCCGUCACGGGCACGAACCACAUCCGAGGGGGGGAAUCACCGACAUUUGAAUCCUUAUCGGCCGGCGUCGCUCUACGGUCGUGAUAUUUCGCAUAGUCCACCAUUGGGCAGUCCGGUGAGUCCCCCGUGUUCUACCGAUUCGGCGGGAAGUUCGUAUAGUUUGACUGAUGAAACGGACGUUUGUACGGAAUUGGAACCGAGUUUGGGACGAUAUGGACAUUCAUUGACACCUGACGAGGCGAUUGCCGAGGAGGAUUGUCCCGAUAGUCCACCCUAUAAUAAUUAUAUUUCAAUGACAUUGCAUAGUUCCGAUGAUGGAUAUGUGGAUAUGUCACCAAGAGGAAGACAUCAUAAUUCACCUACGGCGAGUAUGAGUAGUGUCACUUCGGGGACUCCCUCAACCGAUAUGAGAUUCGCUGAAUAUCCCCUUGAGAAAGUUACAUCGUAUUUGGCCGAAGAUGAUGGUCGACCAGCUCGUGCAUAUUCGGUCGGUUCCAAACCCGAAAGUUACCGAAAAUAUACGGAAAAACUCGGAAAUAAUGAUAAUUUACGUGAACGUGCAAUGAGUGUUGGUUCUAAAACGAAGAAAUUACCGGCAAGAGUUUUACCACCGCAUGGGUACCAUCAUCAAGGUACCAAAUCGUCAAGUGCACCAAUUUUAACCAAUUCACGUGGUCAAGGUUCUUAUGGUUCCAUUGGUCCAAUGGACGAUCUCAUGGAAAUGGAUUUCAGUCAUAAUUCCGGUUAUAUGGACAUGAAACCGGUUAAUACCGGUUAUGUGGAAAUGAAACCGGGACGUAAACCGGAAACGUCACCUUAUGUUGACAUGUCAUCGGGUUCUUCCCCGGCGAAACCAUCAUUUAUUUCAUCACCGACACCACAAUCCGAUGUUUACAUGGAAAUGGAUCCGAGAAAAAAUCACAAUGAGUAUUUAGCGAUGAGUUUUAAGAAAAUGCCAAGUCCGGGGGGAAGUCCCGGGACGCCUGAAGGUUACGUUGAAAUGUCGCUCGGUCGUGGCCAUAGCCUCACCGAAGACUACGCCAACAUGUCCCUAAACAAUACUAAAAAACGAACCAAUCGUAAUAAGAAUCGUUCAGAACCAAUCAACAUUCAGAAUUCGCAACGGGGCGGUCCUAAUCCCCGUUCAAUCCUUCUCGCACGUAAACACUCGACUGGAACUCCGCCCACUAUGUAUCUCCCUCUUACUGUAGCCACGCCUCACGAUUCGAAAGACAGUUCAAGUUCUAGUAUCAAUACCCCUUCCAGUUCCUCGACAAUUUUCCCUAUAAGUCUGAAUAGUCCGUCGUUGAAAGCCACGCCCGAUUACAUCCCAAUGGAUUUCGACAAAUCGGAUUACGUGAAUUACGAUCCUAAACCGGGAGGGGAGGAAUCACGACCAAUCAACAACGAGAAUAAUGACGACGAAGGUCGAGCUUAUGAAGUUCUAAGGCCGAGUUCGAGCGAAUCAUGUUCGACGAUCGGGGGUUCUCGGCCGGCGUCGGUCACUUCCGCGCAUAUGCAUUACGCGAGCUUGGAUUUGGAUGAGGGGAAUCGUAGUCCGAGGACGGUGAAAGGGAGUGGGGGGGAGCAAGGGGAAGUGACGUUGACGUAUGCCGCCAUUGAUUUUGUUAAAAGUGAAGGAUUGAAGCAUAAUUCGGUGGCGGCGACGACGACGACGACGACGACGACAAAUGCGAAAGUUAAACAUUGAAAGAGACUGAUUUUUAGGUAAUUAGGGUUACCAGGACUUGUCAUAUCCGGUUGACUUGAUUUAUUAUAUAUACAUGUAUAAGGAUUAAACAAUUGUUGGAUGUUUCAGUAGGCGAAAUAGUGAAAUUUGGUUUUGUUUGUUUGUUUGUUUGAAACGGAAACGUGUAAUGUUUUUUUGCAAAUUAUAGGAUAUUUAGAGUAAUUUGUAAACAUAUCACCUCCCGUUACAAAGCUAGGAAAUGAGAGGAGGCGAUUGUGGUGACCUCUCUCUAUGUCUAUGUACACAAUAAAUGUUACUAGAUCUCUAAAGAUUGAAUGAAAGAGAAGAAAUGUUAAAGAUCAGCAUUCCAGAUCAGGGGUACAAUCAUUAGUGAAUUACUUUUCCCCAAGGACUAGUGAAAAUUUUUAAGUAUCAUCACAAGAGAUAUUUUAUAUACUACAAUGAUGGUAAAGCAAGUUAAUGUAAUUAUAUAUAUAUAUUUCUAUUUCACAUUCUUAAAGCAAUGUUAUGUAAUUGUACUAUAUUAUCUAAACCUGUUUGUAAUUAAAACAACAAUGUAGUUAGACGAAGCGAGUUGUAAACAUAUUAUUCUUAUUGAGGCUCAAUUUAUAAUUCCUAUGUAGUCAUAAAAUGACAUAUUUUUGUUUUUUAAUUUAUGUAAGUUGUAUAUUCUAAGUGUUAAUUUAUUUGUAUUUAUGCUUUGAUUUAUCCUAAAAUACCAAAACAUCAGAAUUGUUCCACUGCAAAACUGCCAUAAUGUGAAAUUAGUGAAAUUUUAUAUGCAACAACAGGUGCUAAAAUAUACAAGAACUCUUAUUUAUUUCGAAUGACAGUGCCUUUACACAGUUUUUUAUUUGAAUAUUUUUUAAAAAUUAGCAUUUUAUUUUUGUUGCUUUUAGUCGUAGAACAUUCUACACGUGUCGAUUCGGUUUUAUUUAUUUUUUACUACUUUUAAACGAUUCAAGAGCCUUGACUUAUCAUAAAUAAAAAAUUAGAAAAUAUAUUAAUAAAAUGCUAUAUAAUCCCGAGAUAGCUUAUGCAAUUUAUGUAGUCAUGCAUGUAAAAUUAUUAAUGUGAAAAUUAGGAAAUUUGCUAUAUGUAUAGAAAAUUGGUCAUUUUCCAAAUACUCUGUCUUGACACCAAUCCAGAAUAUUUUUCUCACUAAUUACCCAAAAAAAAAGAAAAAUAACAACAAACAUAUUCUGGAUGGUGAUUCAAUUUGAAAAACAAAGAAAUUUUUACUCCUAUAAUUUGCGAAAUUUGUGUAAUAAAAACAUCAAUCUGUUUCGAGCACUAAGAUAGUCUCUGUACAUAAUAUUGGCUGCCUAUAUUUUUUUUUGUAAAUCGACAAAUAAAUUAUUUCAUUUAAAAA